AUGGAAGAUCUCUUUAUGCUAAUUAAUAAGGUAUAUUUACUUAUUUUAUACAGUAUCAAAGUCAUCUUAAUCAACCAGAAGGAGCAUAUUAUCAAAUCAUAGAAAAAGAUAACCAUUAGGAUAAUAGAAAAUUAAACCCAAUUAAAAUAAUGAUAGUUGUAUUUCUGCAGAUUUAUCUUUACAGUCUGUUUACGAAUACUUUCUAGAUGAUUUAUACACUGAAUAAAAAAAACUUGAAUCUAAAUUAAAUUUCUAAUAAGCAUUUAAUGCUGACCUUGAUAAAUAAAUGA